CUUCCUCUUUAACAUAUGUUCAAAAUUAGUACAGAGCUCAAAACUCUUUUCUUCUUUCUCAUCAAUGGCGUACCAGUUACCUCACGAAACUAGCACCAAACGCAAGUUCAAUGAUUAUGCCGCUGCCAGCACAGCCAGGAUGAGACAUAACGAAAUCCUCUUCAAUUCUUCUCUGAAAACUCCCAUUCAAUUCUUCGUCCGUAUGUUUUCCGGCGGCAAAACCCUGGUCAUUCAAGCCUAUUCGUCUGAUACAGUAGCAUCAGUUCACUGGAAAAUCCAUUCCAUCACCGGAAUUCGACCAAUCCGAUCGACCUCUGCUGUACCAGCAUUGGAACAGCGAUUAAUCUACUGCGGCAAACAGCUUGAGUUGUCCCAAACGCUAUCAGAAUGUGGUGUACAAAAUGAUGAUACCCUGCAACUGAUGAGUGACUUGAAUUUGGUUAUUCAUGACCUCUGCAACUGCAAUGACGACACAGAUAUUAAUGCUAAUGUCACCCGUAUGACGAAGAUGCUUACCGAUUUUCUCGCAAAUACCCCGAAGGAUGGCGCAGAUGGAUCGGAGGAAUAUCUCCAAAUAUUUAUUUACUUCUCUGUUCCUGCGGCCCUGGUAAAACUUUAUGUAUCUCCUUCUGUAAUUAAAAAACAAGCUGCUCAUGGAUGCGUUUGUCAAUUUAUAGAUAACUGUAAGAUACUUUUCACCGAUCCUACAACCGUAUAUAGGCAGUUUGCUCCAAUAUUCUUCGAGUUCUGUACGAUUCUAAGAGGGGCUGCGGGUGUUGAUGAUACUUUAUAUAUAUUUUGCCGUAGUAGUUUAGCUGCAAUGAUGAAGAGGAAUGUCCAUGAUGUUAAGCAUGUGUUAAGAUUGCAGGAUAUUUUCCCUUUUGUUCAUGAGUUGGCAACAAGGUUAUCUCAUGCUUUGGAAUUGAGUGUGCAAUUAGCUGAGUUUAUACAGUUAUCAGAGAGUGAUGUGCGUGAGUUUAUUCAGUUCAUGCAUCGGGUAAAGUGUGCAAUACGACGUCAAAAAGCAUUUGGCAGUCUGGUUAGUUUCCCUUCCUUGAUGCAAGAUGAAGCAGGAAAUGAAAGAUCUGAGAUUAAAGGCGUGCAUCAUGUUUUUUGUGACUUGCUGGAAAAAUCGGAGCUUUGUCUGAAGGAACUGGAACGCCAGCUGGGUUUGGUAAACAUAGGAAGAGGUGAGCCUAUUAUAGGCUGUUGGUCCCAGUAUCUUUUAAUUCUAAAGGAGUUAGAAAGCAUUUCGAAGUUGUAUAAGGGAUUGAAUGAAAUGUUUUGGGAGAAGAUGAGGCAAAGAAGAGUUGCUUUGUGCUUUCUGAUAGGUAAGCUUUCAAAAAAGUCUACAGAUUAUCAGUGGAUUCUUGAGCACAAGGAAGUAACACAUUAUAAGAUAAGGCAGCGUUUUGCCUUGAAGAUACUUCUAGAAGGGAGGCACAAGAACGAGGAGCUUUACGAGAUGCUCAUUUGCAGGUCUCGUUUGUUUGAAGACUCAUUUGAGUACAUUGGACAUGCUAGUCCUAGGUCUCUGCUAGGUCAAUUAUUUAUUCAAUUUGAGAAUGAAGAAGCUAUCGGGCCUGGUGUGUUGAGGGAGUGGUUUUCCUUGGUAUGUGAAGCCAUUUUCAACCCUCAAAAUGCUCUAUUUGUUUCAUGCCCAAAUGACGGUAGAAGGUUUUUCCCAAAUCCAGCAUCUAAAGUGGACCCAUUGCACCUUGAGUAUUUUGUCUUCUCCGGCAGGAUUAUUGCCUUGGCCUUGUUGCAUAGAGUACAAAUAAGCAUUGCGUUUGAUCGUGUGUUCUUUUUGCAAUUAGCUGGAGAGGAUAUUUCGUUUGAAGACAUUAGGGAUGCAGAUCCCUACUUGUACAGUGGCUGCAAGAAGAUACUGGAGAUGGAUACUAAGAUGGUGGAUGAAGAUAUCCUAAGCCUAACAUUUGUUUGUGAAGAUGAAGAAUUGGGAUCCAGGAAAGUAGUGGAGCUUUGCCCUAAUGGGAAAAAUACGAUAGUGAACAGUCAAAAUAGGGAUAACUAUGUGAAUCUUCUUGUUAAACACCGUUUUGUCAAAUCAAUUGCUCAUCAGGUAGCCCAUUUUGCUCAAGGUUUUGCUGACAUAAUUACUGACCGACGGCUCCAGGAAUCCUUUUACCGGAUCCUAGAUCAUGAAGACCUUAACAGGAUGCUUCAUGGGAGUAAAACAGCUGUUUCUGUAGAAGACUGGAAAGAACAUACAAAUUACAAUGGCUAUAAAAAAGAUGAUCCUCAAAUAUCCUGGUUUUGGGAGAUAGUUGGAAGUAUGUCGGCAGAGCAGAGAAACGUGCUUCUCUUCUUCUGGACUUCAAUCAAGUCUCUGCCUGUUGAGGGUUUUGGUGGUCUAGAUUCGAAACUUCAUAUCUACAGAACCUCAGACUCUCGUGAUUGCUUGCCUACCUCGCACACUUGCUUUUACCGCCUGUGUUUUCCUCCUUAUCCAUCUAUGGAUGUCAUGCAAAAUCGUCUUAACAUAAUCACCCAAAAUUAUGUUGGUUACAGCUUUGGUGCCGAGUGAUGUGCAAAUUUUUGGUACAUGUGAUAUGUAAUAUUCUUCUAAAUAGAUGUAAGAAAUGCCAACCUUCUGAAACUUGACUUUUAUGAGAAGGUAGCUUUUGUUUAGGGAUGGAAAAUGGGGCAGGGCGGAGCGAUUACGAGGCAAACUUGCAUAAAGUUGCGAAGACCCUAACCUGCCCCGCUUCACAUAGGAGCAAUAUGUGCAUUCUUUUCCUUAUUCUGCUUGAAAAUUAUAACAAAGAGCUCUCAUUUACUGA